UCCACUGCAUUGGAGAGGGUCGCCUCGCGCCUCACCACAAGCUCGAUAACAAAUCCCGGUCCUCCUCCCGAUGGCGGCCUUCGAGCAUGGACCCAAGUUUUCUGCGCCUGGCUCGCCAUCCUGAACACCUGGGGGUUUGUCAACUCAUUCGGCGCCUUCCAGACCUAUUACGCUGAGAUCCUACCUGAAACGAAUUCAACCAUAUCUUGGAUAGGAUCUACUCAGGCAUGCAUCUUGUUUUGUCUCGGUAUGUUUAGUGGACGCGCUUUGGAUGCCGGAUGGUUUAGACCAACCAUCAUUGUCGGUAUUGCUAUACAGCUCGUCGGUAUCUUCGCCAUGAGUGCUGCGAAGAACUAUUGGCAAUUACUGCUUACCCAGGGCAUCUGCACCGGCGUUGGAGGCGGCAUUUUCUUCGUUCCGAUCAUGGGGCUCGUGUCUACGUACUUCGCUAAACGGCGUGGCAUGGCACUCGGAAUAGUAACUUCGGGCAACUCCGCCGGCGGCAUUGUUUAUCCGAUCGUCGUGAGACAGUUGCUCAGCAGGGUUGGAUUCGGAUGGACGGUCAGAGUGCUGGGCUUCAUCAACGUAGUAAGCCUGGCAGUCGUCAUCGCAUUCAUGAAGCCGCGUCUCCCGCCUAGGAAGAGUGGCCCACUCUGGGAUACCGACUCGUUUCGAGACAUCCCCUAUAUGCUGCAUGUUCUAGGCGUGUGUUUCUUAAUGCCGCCAGUGUACUUCGUUUUCUAUUAUGUUGCCUCCUUCGCACGAGACGAACUCGCCAUGCCCUACACCACCUCCCUCAACCUUGUGAUUAUUCUCAAUGGAGUUGGCAUUCCCACGCGCAUUCUCCCCGGCUACAUCGCCGACCGGUUCCUCGGCCCGCUCAACACAUGGACCAUCAGUGUCUUCCUCAACAUCAUUAUCUUGUUCGCCUGGCUUGCCGUUUCGUCCAUUCCUUCGUAUUACGCCUUUACCGUCUUCUACGGACUCUUCGCUGCGGCCUUUCAAUCUCUCUUCCCAACGACGAUUGCGGCACUUAGCACGGAUAUCACGAAGACAGGGACGAGGUUGGGGAUGGCAUUCACGGUGAUCGGGUUUUCGGCGCUAGUCGGUGGGCCCAUUUCGGGAGCGUUACUGAAGGUGGGUGGGGGGUAUACUGUGCCUAUAUGUUGGGCAGGUGCGAGCACACUGGUAGGAAUGGGGCUGUGUGUCGCGGCGAGGUGUGUGAAGCACGGGUGGAGGAUUAGG